AAUACAAAGUCAAUUAAUAUAGAAGAAAAUUUAAAUUGCGAUGUUGUCAAAUGUAAUUUUUCCCGAAUGAAAUACGUAAAAUCCAUUUACUUUCUCAAAGUUAAUCGACUUAAGUUAACGUUGUUUAGCCCCGUAUCAUAUUCAAAACAAAAUGUGUAAGUUGUUUAGAGUAUUCAUAAAAUUCUAAUGUACCAAAAAAACAUUUCAAAAAGAUACAACGCGCAUCCUAUCCGUAUAUUUUUAGAACGAGAAAUUAGCAUUUGAAUAAUGAAUCAAGGGUGUUGGAAAGUUGAUGAUAGCGAUGAAGUUCAUCCAACCAAAUCUGAUAGACACCAUAACUUUUCGAAAAUACUUUAUAACAAGUUAUACUCUUCAAAAAAUACUGGUUCUAAAGCUGUUUACAUCGAUAUCGAAAAUGUUUCGGAAGAUGAAGAAAAUAAGGAAUAUUCAAAAUGGUCGGAACUUCCUGAUCUUUUGCUGGAAGAAAUUUUUUCCUAUCUAGAAAUAAGAGAGAAAUAUUAUGCUAGUUUAGUUUGUCGAAAUUGGUAUAGAGCUUUUCGCUUACCUUACGUAUGGAAUCGUUUUGUUUUAAGAGAUAACACACUGACCAGAAGCAGAUUCAAUUACUACAGUGGAUGGCAGUAUGUUUUAGACCACGUUCGUUGUCAAGCUUGUCUUGCAGGAUUUGGAAAACAUUUUAAACACUUGACUAUAAAACCAAUGUUGAAUUUUUACAAUCUUUACGAAUUCAUGAACAUGAUUUCCUGGUACACGGAACAAAGGGAACAGAAAGAAAAUGUAGAAUUGGGCGUUGGAAGCAACAUAAAAUUUUUUAAAUUUACGUUUCCGUGUGAUAUGACAUUGGAGGAAGACGAUAGCGAACGGAAUCGAUUAUUUGGUACUGGUGGCAAAAUACUUCAAGCUAUUAAAAGGUUGAUGGGUAAUUUAAAAAAGUUGGAAAAUUUACAAUUGAUUGAUUUGAUGCUUGAUCCCACCGAGGCACAGUAUCUUUUAGACGAAGUAUGUGAAUCUCGUUGUUUAACCCUAAGAACGUUGUUCCUUAUUAAUACCACCAAAGUACAAUAUGAGCUUUUACAUGUUGGAGUAUUUUUAAAUCUGAAGGAAUUGCAUAUAAGUCCUCAAAAUCUAGGAGAUAACUUGGUAGAACUACUCGGAUAUACUAAACUAAAGCACUUACAUAUAGUUCAAAAUAAAUAUACUUCUGAUAAAAUCAAUAUAAUGCCCGUUUCUUCACGUAGCUGGAAAAAAUGCCGCACAGAUAAUAAUUCUUUGAACGUACAUUUGGAAAUUGAAAGCAUUGACACAAAAACUAUGAUUUGGCAAGAAAAUGCUCCUGUCAGGUCAAUAACUUACGAUUCUCCACAGAUUGGGGUGAAACUGGAUGCGAUAGUUACAGCUAUAGAUUUUUAUGGAAAUGAUUUAAGAAUUUACGGUCACAAAAAUAUACCUAUGUUCAAACAAUCAAAAUUAAUUACCGAAAGAGCGGACGAGAAUUUAGUAAUGUUAGUUCAACAAUGCACAUAUUUAUCUAUGUUGAUAGUUACUGAGAGGAUAUCAACUUGUACGGUUUUGCUUUUAGCUUAUUACGGAAGGAAUUUAAAACGUUUAUAUAUUCGUGGUGACGCUGUGAUAAUAGAAACUGACUGGAAACCGAAACCCGAUUGGACUGACGAAUUUUAUUUUUGGUUGGAAACUAAUAGUCAGACGUAUGAAUCGGUCGAAAAAGAAGUAUCGCAAAUUUUGGGAUACAAAUGGAGAUUCUUAGAAGAUGAAGAAUUUAAAAGAUUAGACAUUAAUUUACACGAUUACUAAAUAUAUAGACAUAUUUAUAUGAAAAGUUGAGUUUUAAAUGUUUUUCGGAUCAAUUUGUAAAUAUUAAAACAUUUUUAUUGUGACGUGAUAUAUUAGAGAAGAUUUUCAAACAUUUAUCCAUACAAAAAUUUCCGAAGCUUAUUUUUGAACGUUAUCUUUACAAGUUUAGGUACGAUUAAAAGGAUAAAAAACACUUUUACUUAUUGCAAAAUACUUUCUAUAUAUACAAUUUUAACUAUAAAAAUGAUUUUUUUUUUGUAAGAGAAUGUUGAAAUAUUGUUGAGCUUAUAAGUGCACUAAUAUGCGGGGCUCAUAGAAAAGACAUUCAAUACAAUGAUAGAUUUUCUUUCAUACAAUAUGAAAAACAAAAUAAACAGCAUGCAUAAUCACAAAUACCAUACACAAAAGAGACCGCUUAAUCUAAUAAAUAAAAAGAGCUUAAAAAACAAGCUUAAAUAUAACAAUAUGUAAAAGACCGUCUGAUACAAGAGUUUUCAACGAUUUCACAAUGAAAUCUAUUAUAUCUUAGUUUAAGUUUAACAUUUGAUUCCAGUGUAACUAAGUAGAAAACUUUUCUCACUUAAAUCUGUUAUGUGAUUCUUAACUUGAAAAAAAUUGUGCUGAAAUAGAUUUUCUUUAUUUGGUUAGUGGCUCAAACUAAAUAUUUAUUUGUGUGCAAUAUUUAGUUUUUCGUCAAAGAAUCCUUCUAGAACAAAAUGAGUAAGAGAAAAAAAAAUAAAA